CUUCAACGCAGCGUGCGAUAGGACCUUAUUAGGCCGUCCCCCCCUGGGGAUCCACAGCAAGCCGGAUCUAGCAGCCGUGUCUCGACGUCGGUUCCAAAACGCGAGAAGUCGAACAGAAAGCAGCUCUGGUCACCUACGUUUAACGAUGAGCAGGCUCACAAAGCAGGCCGAUCCCCUCCAAGUACGGGCUUCGCGUGUUGAAAAGUCCAGUCACUCGCAGAGAGGCAGUCGCACUCUCCCAGCAUGGUAUUAUCGAGUUCGGACUGUCAGCUUCAAGGAAGAUAGAGAAGUACAUGAUUACGACUUCGAUGAGGAUCUUUCAGAGCCGGAAGACGACAAGGAGCAAGAAAGAGACGACGUCGAGCAGUCCAAGAAGGAGGAAGGUUGUGCAUGUGGUUUGGACGACCCUGAGUGUGACGGCCAAGUUGAUUAUAACGACAAUAUGGGCGAGGACGAGUCAGAGAGAUCAUACAACGGGUCUGACGCCGAUUACUACUACGAAUUGAAAGACAAGCGCGAGGAGAGGAAGCAGGAGAAGCUGCGGGAGCGGAAGGAGAAGGAACAACAACGAGAAAUUGAGAAGACUAAGGAAGAUGAGGUUUGCGCCGCAGACAGAUGUCUCGAUACGGCCGAGAAGGGACGCGAGACGAUCCCUGUCGGGCCACUUGCGGGCCAGAGUUUCAGGCUGUACUGCAGCGAUCACGUCGACUACUUCUACUCCGAUCUCUAUGGGACCAAAAGGGUCGACUUUUACCAUCUUGACGUGAAUGAGCGGAAUCCUGGCGACGAAGCUGACGCGUUAUAUGGCGACGUGUAUCUGGACAGCAAUGCCAAUUGCAACUUUGGGCCGUUCCGCCCUCCGAAACGGGCGAGCCGAAAAGCCUUCAAAGUGAAGAGCUGCGAUGACAAGUAUGAGCUGUCUUUCCAGUUCAUCGGCAACGGUUAUCUGAAGCUGAGGGUCUCUCGGGAAAUGGUGUUCAUGAAGCCAUACGAUGCAAGUCCUCCUUCUCCACCACCCACAGCUCCAGAUGUGUUCGAGUUUGCUGGCAUCUUGCGCGAUUGGGAGAAGGAGAAAGCAGAACGGCAGGAGAGGAUGGCAAAGGCACGCCGCUCGCCGUCCCCCCGCGAGAGUUGGUUCGAGAUGAACCAUCCUAUGGGGUCAUGGUCUCUAUAAUCACGCGAGUUCGGCUUGAUAGUGGCUUGCGGUUAAAAAAAAAC